GUGUGUAUGUGUCUGUAUUUGUGUUUCCCAUCUUUAUUUUAUUUUGAAAUUCAGAUCUCACACAUCUGUCUGUGCACCAUGUGAGUUUUCAAAGUUGGCAGUGUUCUUCAAGUAUAUCUAGUUUAAUCCAGGUUUUGAUAUUUACAGUUUAAUAUAUCCAGCGAUUGAGAUGCUUAGAUGAAAGAGAAGUAAACUUUGGUCUAUUAUGAAUUCAUUGCUGUCAGAAAUAUCUGCUGUGUAAGCCAAAAGCUGUCUGAUGCCUUUCUUAUGUCUUCCGCAAGACUGAAAUGAUUGAUGUUGGCAUUUUUAUCCUCAUUUACAUGAUUCUUUUCGAGUCAAGGAUGUUAAAUAAAUUUCCCUAGGUUCCUCAGAUGGUAGGUACACAAAGGCUGGUAUCUAACUAAGACAAGAGAUCUAGGACCAAGGGUUAGACCCGUCAGCCAGCCUCAGUGUACCUGAUUUGGGAAUAAGUGCACUGGAAGGGUGGAGACAAGAAUCAGUGGCAUUGAGCAGAGCCACGAAGACUUUUUUUUUAAUAAAGAAAUAUUUUCUCAUCCCCAGGAACAAAUAGGCACCUUGAGGUCAUGGCUGGAUUCUGAUCAAGAGAAGUGAUUAGGUCGGCUUCAUAUUCUCUGAGCUGCCAAAGGCUGGAAGCCUAGUUGCUCUACUAACCUGUGAUCCACAGCUGGUUGUGAAGAGAACCCCUACUGACACCACUUCUGCAACAGAGGACCAGCAACCUCACAGGAUUUCAUAGCUUUCACACAUCCUGAGGAAAAGCCCUCUCAGUCUGAACCUUCAUUCAUAGCCUAAUGGAGGUCAUGGAAGUUCUGGCAGGAAUUCGGGCAGAAGCUAACUGCCUGAUCUGUAUGGAUUACUUUAGAGACCCCGUUACCAUCAAAUGUGGGCACAACUUCUGUCGCUCCUGCAUCGAGCAAUCCUGGGAGGAUCAACAGGACUGGUUCCGAUGCCCUGUGUGCCACCACCCAUGGCUACAGUUGCACCUCAGGAGCAACACCCAGCUGGGAAAUAUAGCUGAAAUUGCCAAGCUACUCCACAUCACCAGGAGCAAGAGGAAGAGGGAGGAGGAGACACGCUUGUGCAAGAAGCACAAUCAGGUACUGACCCACUUCUGUGAAGAAGACCUGGAAGUCCUGUGUUCCCUGUGCACUCAGCCCCCAAACCACCAGGAUCACCUCGUGAGGUCCAUAGAGGAGGCUGCCUCUCAUCACAGGAAAAGGCUCAUGAGUUACAUGGAGCCCCUGAAGAAGCAAGUGGCAGACUUUCAAAAACUAAUAACUUCCCAAGAGAGAGAACCAUCAGAACUGAGAAAGAAGGUGGAAAAGCAAAGGAAAGAAUUAUUCUCUGAAUUUGAGCACCUGAACAAGUUUUUAGACCGUGAGCAUGAGGCAGCUCUCUCCAGGUUAGCUUAUGAAGAGAAGCACAUUCAACAGAAACUAAAUGCGAAUAUAACAGCAUUUUCAGAGUCCAUUUCCACACUCAACAGUCUACUAAAGGAGGUGGCAGAGAAGAGUGUGAUGUCAGAAGUGAAACUGCUGACAGAUAUUCAGAGCGUCCAGAAUCGAUGUGAAAGCCUCAACCCCCCAGUGCUCUAUUCCUUCCAGCUAACGAAGGAAGGAUGCAGCCUUCCUCCACAGUAUUCGGCUCUGCAGAAAAUCAUACAGAAAUUUAAGGAAGAUGUAACCUUGGAUCCUGAAACAGCACAUUCAAAUCUGAUUGUCUCUGAAGAUAAAAAGUCUGUCACAUUUGUGAAGAAAACACAAAGACUUCCUCCUAAUCCAAAGAGAUUCAAGUUUGACCCAGUUGUCCUGGGUUGUGAAGAGUUCAGUUCUGGUAGACAUUACUGGGAGGUGGAAGUGGGUGAGAAGCCUGAAUGGUCUGUGGGGCUUUGUAAAGACUCCCUUUCCAGGAAGGCAAAGAGGCCCCCGGCAGGGCAGGAGAGAUGCUGGGCAAUUCAGCUGUGCAAUGGUAACUAUGUUGCACGAGGCACUUUUCCAGUCACUCUGGUGAUAACAGAACAACCCAGAGGGAUUGGCAUUUAUCUGGACUAUGAACUGGGUGAGAUUUCGUUUUACAGUUUGAAUGAUAGAUCUCAUAUCUAUUCUUUCACUAAUAGAUUUUCUGAAAUUCUGAAGACUUAUUUCUGUAUUGGACGUGAUUCUCAACCUCUCACAAUCUGUGCUUUCAGAGAUUAUGAAUGAUAAACUAUCUGGGAAACUGUCACAUUGCUUGAUUUUCU